AUGGUCAGAGUUGCUAUUGCUGGUGCUUCUGGAAAGCUCGCCCUCGAGGUCAUUGACAAAUUGGCUGCCACCGGAAAACAUGAAGUCCUUGGAUUGGUCCGCAAGAACCCUUCAUCUCUACCCCAGUUCCAUGGCGUGAAGUACAUCCAGACUUCCUACCAAGAUGAGAAGGAGCUGGUAGAGAUUCUCACCGGCGUUGAGACUGUUCUCUCUUUCAUUGUGGCUCACACCGACCCGAACGCGGAGACAGCCAAGCGUCUUAUUGAUGCAUCAAUCAAGGCUGGAGUGAAGCGCUUUGCUCCAAGUGAGUGGGCGACGAACAAUAACCUAUCAGAUGUGAUUGAGUAUACCUCUUGGUACGCCAACAAGCUGGAAGUCAAGAAGUACUUGGAAGACGUCAACAAGAGCAAGAAGGUGAUUGAGUACAGUCUGUUCCAGCCUGGCGCCUUCAUGAACUACUUGGGGUAUCCUCAUCAGACCACCAAGCACUACCAGAUCGAUUAUGCUACCUUCAUUGACUUCGAGAAGGCCACGGCCUUUAUUCUUGAGGGAUCUGAGAAUGCUGAAAUGUCAAUCACUACCAUUGAAGACAUCGCGGAGGUGGCUACACGAGCCGUCGAUUACGAGGGCGAAUGGCCUGUUGUGGGCGGUAUCACCGGAGAUAGAGUCACUAUCGGAGAACUCAUUAAGUUGGGAAAACCAUUCGAGAUCGACAGAUUGAAGCUUGAGGAUCUCAAGGAAGGCAUUGUCAAGACGAACUACUUCCCCGCCAUUGACUUUCCUGGUGUUCCAGUUGAGCAGCGAGAACAUUUCAGAAAUGUCGUCGUCAUUGGAGCGACAAUUUCGACUGCUCAAGGCACCUGGGCAACUUCUGAUGAGUGGAACAAGUUGCUUCCUGAAUUCAAGCCAACCACCAUUGAAGAGUACCUACAGAAGACUUGGGGCGGUCAGUGA